AUGCCCGCCAUCCGCCACUCCUCCAAGCGCAAAGCUCCUCCCCAAGGCUACAGUGACAUCGAAGAUUCCCUUCUAGUCUACAGCAACAAAAUGAAAGAUGCCAUUGCGGCUCCACCAUCUACUGGUCCCCGCCAUCAAGCCACCUGGGAAAUUACACAGAUAAAUCAUCAGCGGAGUAGAUACGUAUGGGAUAUGUAUUCCGAAGAGAAGAUUAGCAAGGCAUUGUAUGAUUGGUGUGUCAAGAAUGGUCAGUGUGAUGCGACGCUCGUGGCAAAGUGGAAGAAAGAAGGAUAUGAGAAGCUCUGCUGUCUGAAGUGCGUUCAAACGAAAGAGACAAACUUCAACUCUACCUGUAUAUGCCGGGUUCCGAAGGCGGAUUUGAAGGAGGACCAGGAGAUUCAGUGCGUUAGUUGCGGAUGUAGAGGUUGUGCUUCGAGCGAUUAG